AUGCGAGCCAACCCAUUUCUCAGUGUCCGAGAACAUUCAAUCGACUCGGCCAGCUACCUAAGCUGUUGCGCGUCGCGCCUCACUCUGGUCGCUUGGUGCCUGAUUGUCCCUCGCUCUCUUCUUCGGUCCCAGUCGGAUCUUCACCAAACCUUCAGAAUUGGCGCGCCGCCUGCGCAAGCUUCCAGUCCUGCAAGGACAGGAACAGGAAUAGCAUCGGACAAGGGAGAUUGCCUGGCGCAGAGGUCGCCGCUGUUAGUGCCGACGACCGGCACCCGUCAAUCGCUAGUCUCUGCUCUAGCGGCAUGUUGCAGUUUGCCAUUGAUCGACAUCUCCAGCAGACUCAGUGGCGUGAGUGAAUUUGACUUCCAGGUUCUGGGAAGCUGUUUGGGCAGCAAUGAAGUCACGAGACGAAUGUGUCGUGUUGGUGAUGAUAUUGGCGCUGCUAUCAUCUCAUUCUCAUCUAAUGUUUAUCUGACCACCCAAGUCUCGCUCAGCUCGCGCAGCUGUCAACUCCUUCUGUCCCUCAGGUCGGUAAUCGCUAUGACCUCUGCUCAUACGUUGUCAAUCUUGCAUUCCUUUGCGGUGAAGAAGCCCGAGCUCCCCUUGCAUAAGUCAGCACUUGGGUACGUCUCUCUGGUGGGUCCCCUGCACGCCGUCCAAUUACUCCGAGCUGCCAUCCUUGUUGCUUCUGCUCCCUCCUCUGCAUCCUCCUCCUUCACGCCCAAUAAGAGUCGAUUCCAACAGCAUCUUCAAGGGGCGCGCCAUGAUCCAUUGCACCCGCUCGCAAAAGGGGGCAACGAAAGAGGGGUUGAUUUGAGAAAGCCGCAGGCAAAAUGUCGUUAUAUCGAGGCAAUGUUGUACGAAAUACGGAUAUCCGGCCGCCGACUGCUACGUCCGUACCGAGUCUCAUCUCUCAUCAAGAGGAAGAAAAGAACCGAUGGCGGUUCAAGGGUCUUGACACAACGGCAGGCCACAUUGGUACCUGAUAUUGACAGCCCUCUCAUCUCGUACAAGGCCGAUUGGGUAGCGCCACGACGCCGAGCCGUGAACCACUCCACCUGCUCCCAUUUCGAUGCAACUGCUUCCUUCGUCCAGAGCCGUCGGCUUUUGACUCUGCGCCGUCUGCUUCUGCCGCAUCCAAGUUUGCAGUCCAUCAAACGAUCCCCGACCAUUUUGACGAGCGUCACCCACCAUGGCUCUUUUCAGUGUUUCUCCGUACCUGAUGACAACCGUCCACAAUGUAUCCAUGAAUUGGGACUCCGCGUUAUAAGUUUCUUCCACUACGAGCCAAGCCAACUCCAACAUCAUCUCGCCACCAACGUAGCCCAAUCUGCGACCUAUACGGAUACCCCCGCCCAACUGCGCAUCCUACGGCCUGCCCCGGCUGGUUCCACGCAUCUAACAAACGCCUCCGGCCACCGUCCCCGAAGCCCAAGGCCCACGCCCACACCAACGCACCCAAAACACCAAAAUAGCGUUCCCGGAAUCUGGUUAACGUUCCGCUGGCCCCACCGGCCUCGGCCCCAAGACUGUGCGCGCGCCUGGCCUGGUUGUCUUCUCUUGCCCUUGGUUUGUCGCCUUCGUUCGCCUCUAUCGAGACCGUUCUGUCCAGUAUCCACAGCAUGCAAGCCCGAUCGAUGGGAGGGAACCAGCAGAUUGAGAAACGAACCGGUGCAGCCGCGGCUCGAACUCAAACUGCGAACCGGCGUCUGGACCGGCGUGUACGCUUGCGCAGCGGCCGAUGAAACCUUUGGCGGUCAGCUCGGCGGUCUGCAAGUCCGCAUUUCAAUCGCUUGGGAGUGCUGUCUUCCACUUCUCACGUUUCCCUACUACCGUCUCCAAGAGGAGGUGCAAGUUUCCCUGAAUCCGGGCAAAGAAGCACUCAACCUGAAGCACUGCAACCAACAGAGAAUUUAUCCCUGGUACACGGCGAACACGAACGCGACGCCAAAUGCCCCUCCAAUCUUGCAGCUUAAUGUGUGUGCUCCAGAGGUGCUACUGUCGACUCAGACAUCCGACAUCAACGUUGCAGAAAGAAGAUAUCUUGCUACCUGUGGUAUUGGCCAUGUGACCAUCUAG